AUGAAAAUGCGCUGGCGGAUCGCGGCGCCGCUUUUUUUGAUCGCAGGUAAUUUUUUUAGUGAUAAAUUUUUAUUUUUUGAAACAGUGAAAAAUGUUGUUAUUAUUUUUUUUUCUGAAAAAAAGUUUUGGAAUUAAAAAUUUAUUUUUUGCUAAAAUUAGUAUAUCAAAAUUUCUAAAAACACUAAAAUCUUCAAGUAAAAUUAGAAACGUAUUAUAUCUUGUUUUUCCCCAGGCCUCGCUUCUCUGAUACAUGCCGAAGAGAAAAAGCCAAAUUUAUAUUUCCCAAGUCCCGAAACUUUUGAAAUGAUUGGAGCACAAUUUUUGGAUGCUCUUAUCAAAAAAGGUCAGAUGGAAAUGGCGAAAGGAGCAUUCAAAACACAACUAGAAGUAUUGCAAAAAGUUCAUCCUGAUCAAUUUGAUAAAUAUAAGAAAUUGAGUGUUGAUGAAUUGGCAGCCGAUGCUGUAUUGCAACAAGCUGAAAUGGCAAAACUGCAGCCAAAAACUGGAAAUGCUUUUAUUGAUAUGUUGAAUGGAAAUGGAAUUCCAAUUGGAUCUUCAAUUCGUGGAAUCGAAGAUGCGAUUCGAACACAAAGAGAUAUGGAAAACACUGACCCUUCUGAGCAAAUCGCAAAAGCUGUUUUGGACAAAUUCCAACAGCAAAUAUUGCCAGGUCUUGUUGCUAAUAUGAUUGCUGGAAAAAAUCCAUUCAAAAUGCCGCAACAGAUGAGAAAAGCGCAAGCUUCACCCCAAAUGAUUCGAGAAAUGGCGAUGGAACAACAAUUGGAUCCAAGAUUGCAGCAAAAUCUGCAGAGAAUGCAACAGCAACCCAGACAAUUGGCUAGAACUAGGACUAAUUAUUUGGAGGAAGAAGACGAGAAUGAGGAAAGUGAACCGGUGGAUAAUCGAAGAGAAUUGGCUAGAAAAUUGAAAAGUAGUCCGAGAUUGAGAGGAUUGUUGGAGGUGAGUGCAAAUUAUGUUUGGAAAAUUUCAAAAGAAAAAUCUAGUAUUAUAGCAAUAGUUGAAACACACUAAUUGAUUUUAGAAAUUUGUGAAACGUAAAUUUCCAGGGCUAGUUUUCGGAAUUUGAAAAUUAUCUCCUAAUGAAUAUUUCUAAAACCCAAAAAUUCUCCAUUUUCUAGAACGCUGAAGUUCAAAACCUGCUCAACCGUCGAAUGCGAGAUGCUCCUCUUCAAUCCUCGCGAAGACCUCUAGCUUCUCUAACCGAUGAAGAUUCCGAAGUGUUCGAUAGAAUGAGAGAAAGAUCACAACUCGAUCAAAAAUCACAAAUUGUUCUUGGUUUACACGGUUUCAGUGGAAUUGAUGAUGAAGAAGAAGAUGAGGAGAAACUAGAGGAAGAGCAAAAUUCAGUAGUUGGCUCAUCUUUUCGUCGAGCACCGCUAAGAUUAUCCUCGAGUUUUGUUGAGAAACUCAAAUCGAAUUCGGAACUCAGCGCCGCUUUGGAUCGAAUCAAAUAUCGAGUUGAUGACGUGGAAAAAUAUUUGCAACCCAAGCCAUUUGAUGUGAAUCCCAAACCGCAACCCGGCUAUUUUGCUCCUCGAAAAAUCCCGACUCGCCCCAGAAAAAUGUUACCACUCUUGAUUGGAGCUGAUCCGACAAAAGUUGACGAGAUUCGAAGGAAUCCGAGUGUUGAAUGGCAAAUGGCAAAAGAAUCGAGAACAAUGCAGAAUUUGAAGAAUAAUCCGAGUUUGGCGGCGUUGUUUAUGGAUGAGAAAUUGGAUAAGAUUUUGAGUGGAAGGUUCGGAAUUUUUUUUGAAAAUUCUAUUAAUCAUUAAUGACACCGAGGGAAGUCAGCGUUCUAAAAAUUAUGUUUAAUUUUUGAAACGUAGAGGUUUUGGGUUUUUCAUCAAGAAAAAAUUAACUCAAGUUCUUACAAGGGAACCUUUUCAGGCCACCGUCGAGUUUUGAGCUCAAACUUUUUUUAUAGAUAGUUUUAGCCAUCCUAAUGAACAUACAAUAAAUUUAGCUGCCAAAGAGCACCCUGCACCAAGUUCUGAUGCGCCAAAGUGUCGGAAAUCGCCAAAAACGGCAUUUUUGAAGGGUUAUAACAUUCUUUAGGGACAAUUUUAUCACAAUCUGAUUGCAGGAGGUUUUUCAGGAGGGUCGAUUUACUAAAAUCACCAAUUAUUAGAAAAAUUUCCAAAAAUUUUCAGUUUUACAAUCCAUGACCUGGACUAUUUUCUUGCGCCAAAAAUUUUUUUUUCGAAAAAUGGUGCAAUUCAGUAAUAACAUUCAGUGACUUAAGUAAAUUGACCCUCCUGAAAAAUUUCCCGCAUUCAGUUUCUCAUGAAUUUAACUCAGGACUGAGUUAUGACCCUCGGAACAUGUGAUUUUGGUCAAAAAUCGCCAUUUUGGUGUAUCAGAACUUGGUGCAGGGUGCUCUUUGGCAGCUGAAUUUUUUGUAUGUUCAUUAGGAUGGCUAAAACUAUCUAUAAAAAAAUUUUGAGCUGAAAACUCGACGGUGGCCUGAAAAGGUUCCCUUGUUAGAAAAAAAAUUGAAUUCAAAAUCUGAAAAAAAAACAAACUAAACUUUUCAUGAUUUUUAAAUUUCAAUUCGGAAAUUCGACAAUAUUUUGGGCAGAUGAAAAUAAUUGGAAGUAGAAGUAGAAUUUUUGAGAUUUGAUAACUAGAUGGGAGAAUUCUGAAAAUGUUACAUAUUUGAGAAAAAUAUCCAAAUUAUUCUAGCAAAAACAAUUUUCCAGACAACUCCUAACCAACGAGCAAAAAGGUGUGCAACGCGUCAAAACAAUCAAAGCACUGCCUCGUCUCUUCGGUGCCCAAACUCACAAACCCGAAAUGAUCGACGCCAAAGUCACCCAAAAUAUCGAGGAACGUGUAGUUCCCCCGCUUCUCUGGGAGCCAAAAGGUCGACACACUCGUCUUCGUUGGACUGGUGCCAAUGAAAAAGAAAUUCCCGGGCUUGGAACUCGAUUUAUCCUACCUUCACUUGAUCCAACCAAACCAGCUAUAAAUUCUGGAUUUUCAACGCAAGGAAGAGCACGGGAUGAGUGGGAUACAAUGUUCAAAAUUCCGAAUGCUUGGAAUCCCGGGGAUGAAAUUGGAUUUAAAAUGAACUCGAAAACUAAACGAUUUGUUGGAGGAAAUGGAGCAUUGGAUAUGCCUGCGUUAGGAUUGUAA